GAACGCUCAAACAGGCAACUGCUACACAAGCAGGACAACAACCCAAUCACCACCACAAAUUUGAGACAAUGCUGAGAGUUGUGGGACAUUUGUUGUGUCUCUUUAUAUGCCGUCGGGGAGCUGAUUGCUUGACAGAGACACUGGUGGAACUUGGACAGAAUACAACCAUAUACUGUUCUCUUAACAUAGAAAGUGCAUACUGGUACAUUCAGCACCAACCACAGCCUCCACUGGCCAUACUCCACUCUUUCACUAGUAGGAGUCCUGCUGCUUUUUAUUACAAUACUACUUUUAGACAGAAAUAUUCAUUAGAAACAGGACAUAGAUUGUUAAUACAUAAUGUAACAGUAGAUGAUUGUGGAGUGUACUACUGUGCAAAGAAAGAAGACCAGAGUCUCCUAUUUAGCAAUGGUACCAGACUCAUGACCGCUGACUAUCCAAACCAGACCUCCAACUGCAGGUCAUCAUGGGAGAACUGUCUUCUGUUCAUUUACAGUGUUCUGAAGGUUAUUCUGAUCGUUAUGAUCCUGGUACAUAUCGUGGCCUUGGCAUGUCAGAACAGAAACUGUAUUAUAAAACUAAGACCACCUCAAGAUGCAGACCAGAGCUGUGACUUCUGUGGAAAUGGCCAAUGAAAUUGCAGUGAAGAUCACAGGAACAAAAUAAAGGAUUGUACCAGUGAGGGAUGGUGGGAGGCCGACUACCCAUGUGGAUCUAACCAUCCAGGAACCACCACAUCACACAAAGCAUGGUGGAUGCGAGUGCUGCUUGCAGAAUGAACCCGCUAGCUGCCCUGGGCAUGGACCGUAGCAGCCUGAUGAGGGAGAGCCUCCGCGUCCACGGAGGGAUGGUCUACCCGGGCAUCCGCACCUUGUCCGCCUCCGAAAAAGCCAGGGAGGGGGUCUCCUCCUUGCCCCUGGGCUACGACCUAGUCUACAAACCCGAAGGGUUGACCUUGGACGGCAGGAAGCCUGGUAACGGUUAUGUGGGUCUGUAUAAGAGCUCUCCCCCUGGGUUGCAGAGGCCUGGUGGAGGAGGGGAGGGCCUGGGAAUGGAGCGGCGUGUGGGGCCUGGAGAUAAACCCUCUGAGCUGGGCCUCAACGGCAACAACGGCUUCCUGCGACUUCCCUGGGCAGUAAACCCGUACGCGGACCCCGGACUGUACCCCUUCCUGGACUCCUCCAAAUACGCAGCCCUCAACAUGUACAAGGCCUCGUUCCUGUCCCAGCCCUCACCCUACCUGCCCCAGCACCUGGCCUACCAGUCCCUGUGUGGAGGGGCGGGGGGUAGUGCUGCUGGGGCAGAGCGCCUCUUCUACAUGCCCCCGUACCCCCCGGCCCCCAUCUCCUCCCCCCUGGCCCCUCCUAUGAGGAUCCCCAUGGCCACGGUGGUCCCCAACACCCUCUCCCCGAUGCAGGGCCUGGGGCCCCGGAUCCACCACGAGGCCUCCCCCUACGGUUCCCAGCUUCACCAGCAGCACCAGGCCCACCAGCAGUCCCAACCCCAUCACCAGUCACAUAGUGACAGGCAGCCCCAGUCCCAACCCCAUCACCAGUCACAUAGUGACAGGCAGUCCCAGUCCCAACCCCAUCACCAGUCACAUAGUGACAGGCAGCCCCAGUCCCAACCCCAUCACCAGUCACAUAGUGACAGGCAGCCCCAGUCCCAACCCCAUCACCAGUCACAUAGUGACAGGCAGCCCCAGUCCCAACCCCAUCACCAGUCACAUAGUGACAGGCAGCCCCAGUCCCAACCCCAUCACCAGUCACAUAGUGACAGGCAGCCCCAGUCCCAACCCCAUCACCAGUCACACAGUGACAGGCAGCCCCAGUCCCAACCCCAGUCACAUAGUGACAGGCAGUCCCAACCCCAUCACCAGUCACACAGUAGAGACAGGCAGCCCCAGUCCCAUAGUGACAGGCAGCACAACAACAACAGCAGCAGUAGUAAGCUCAGCCGGACUUCCUCUAGUAAGAGCUCUGGCAGCAGCAGCAUUCACAACAGUAGCAGUAUUACCAGUAGUAGUGCUGGGACUGGCAUUAGCAGCAGCCUACCAGUGGACUCCACCCAAGCACUUAUAAUGCAGUCCCCCCGCACAGCCCCUCCCCAGACCUCAGUCCCUCCCCCCUCUCCUCUCAUAGACAACAGCACUUUGGACAUCCAGAAGUCACUGUUCAGAAGCCCUCCCUGCUCCUCCACCACCACCACCUCUUCCUCCCUGUCGGUGUCCCAUCCUUUCUACAUGAGCAGCAUGUCCUCUGAGCACCGCUCCCCGGUGCGGUCCGGCAGCAACACCCACAAAGCCAAAGAGCAGGGCAGCAGCUCAGAGCACAGGAAUGUGGGGAGGAAUGGGGAAAGGAAGCGGAGCCAGUCCCCUUUAAAGACUUUGUCCUCUGAUAGACCAGCAGUACUACAGGCUCCUGCCAAAGACCCUGCGGACAAGCCUCUGGAUCUGUCAGCCAAAAUCCUGGAGUUGGAAGGCUCCCCCAACGGAUUCCCCCCAAAACUAGAGGCCUUGGCUAAGCCGGGCUACUCGCCCGCGGCUCGAUACGGCUUACCACCCAGCCGGGAGCUCCUCAAAGAGACCCUCUCCCCGUCAGGGGCUUCCUCCAAAACCUCUGAGAGGCCUGAGAUCAUUAGCACUUUACGCUCCUCCUGGGUGGUGCCCAGCCCGACCCCGGUCCACGACAGCUCCAGCUCAGACGCCAACCACAACAAAGACCCCUCCGUCAUCAAACAUAAAAACCUGGAGAACUUGUCUUCGCCGCAGCAGCGAAGCUCUUCCUGUCCCAGGAUUGGUGAGGUCGAUGGGGCUGUCGCCCCCAGCCAUGCCCCAGCUGUGCUAGCCCCUUCUGGGAGCCGACCGUCCUCUGCCUCCCCCUCUCCCAAGGUCAACGGUGAUUGGCUAAGAUCCUCCCCCAACUACUCUGAGACAGCCCCCUCUUCCAACAGAGUGGGCAGCCAUCCCUCUUCUGGGAAACCCCUGAAGAAACCAGAGGCUCAGGAGAUGCCCUUCAAACCCCAGCAGCCGCCCCACUUAGACAACAGCCAUCCAUCCGGCCACCCCCCCAGCCACCUCUACCUCCCCCAGAGUGACGGCUAUCUGCCCCCUAGCCUAGCUUACGCUAACAGAUACCUGCCCUACUCGGUCCAGGAGAGCAUGUCCCUGCCCCACAUGUCCAUGCCAGGCAAAGGCCCACUGUACCCUCACCCUGUUCUGCUGGGCAGCAGCAGCCUGUACCCACCCCGCCUGCCCCCAAAGCAUGGCCUCCCAUACGGCAUCCCCCCCAGCCACGGGGACUACCUGACCUUCCAUGACUCCCAGGAGAUGGUCCACCCCCUCAUGUCCUCCCCCCACACAAGCCUGGACCUCAAGACCAGCGAGCGCCUGCAGGAGCUCAGGUCCAGGCCCAAGGAGAAGAUUUGGCAGCACCACGAGGGCUCUGCCCCGGCCUACAAGACCCAGGCCCCAGACACUAAACACACCCGCAGAGGGGACAGAGAGACCGACAGGUCCACAGGCCUGGGCUCAAAGAGCCUCAACCACAAGCCCCUGACGGGAGCUAGAGAGGAGAUAGUCUGUAUCGACUUAAUCCAAGACGAUGGGGACAGCGACUCUCCCCUGACCAAAGCUGUCUCUCCAUGCGCUAAGAGAGGCGACCCUUCCAAACCUGUGGGUAGUGGGAGUAUCGGGAGAAACGAGGGGAGAGAGGCAGAGCUCCAGCACAUGCUCCGUACCGGCCAGGCUGUUGAACUCAGGCCAGGCCAGGCCCACAGGCAGGCAGACCAGCAGCAACGCAGCCAGCUGUGGCUGGGCUUCCACCCUUCCUCCCUCUGUCCUGAGCCCCCCUCCCUCUCCCCCUGCCCUUUCCCCAGACAUGAGGAGGACAGCCCCAGCCCUUCAGAAAGCAGCCCCAUCUCUGACCUGCCAGAGGAGCAGACCCUUCGCUGCGCAAGGACUUCUGGAGACCGCACCUCUUGGGACUGUAGAGACCAAUCUUUAGAGGGCCUUAAGAGCAGGGACUGUACUUUUGAGGACCACACCUCUGUGGACCGUAGUUCUGGGGACCGCAGUUUCUGGGACCAUACGCAUGAGGACUGUACUUUUAAGGACCGCAGCUCUUGGGACCGUACACGUGUGGAUCUUACAUGUAGGGUCCGCUCUUCCGAGGACCGCACCUCCGCAGACCACUCUCCUAGGGAACGCACCUUGAACGAAUCUGGGUUUAGGAAUGAAAGGACCAUGGACCACUACUCGGACCUGGACAAGGACAUGCACACGGACACAGAGUCCCACGAGGGUGAGGAGUACGACGACCAAGGCUGCCCCAGGGCCAGGAGGUCCAGCCUGGCCAAGCGCAUCGCUAACUCCUCUGGCUACGUUGGUGACCGCAUCAAGUGUGUCACCACCGAGCUUUACGCCGACUCCAGCAAGCUAAGCAGAGAGCAGCGGGCACUGCAGAUGGAAGGCUUAACACAAGAGGACAGUAAAUUAAGUCAACCUGCUGCUUACUGUGAGCGUGCUAUGCUGCGCUUCUCUGAGCUGGAACUGAAGGAGAAGGAGGGAGGAGGGGGCGGCGGUGGAUUUGGCAGACAGCCAGCCCUGCCCACGGCCCCAGUGGAAAGGCUGGCCCAGAAGGAUGCCAACCCUGGCAUCAUGCCCACCAUGCCAGCCUCCAUGCCCACAACGGUGCCUGGCAGGAAACACGCAUAUGCCCUGGAACCGUGCCAGCCGCUCCAGGCCGACAGCCAGGGGAAAGAGCGGGAGGAAAAUGAGAGAGAAGAGGAGAAGGAGGAGACGCUGGAUGUUCCAUCCAAAAGAGCCAGGCUAACCAACGGCCCCACUGAGUCCGUUCCAGAGGAACUAAAGAACCUCAAGGUGUGUAUCGAGCUGACCGGCCUCCGACUCAGCAAGCCCCGCCUCGCCCAGGAGCUCAGCCAAUGGCAGGCCGCCACCCAGAGGUCGACAGAGGUCAACGGAAGCAUGGCCAUGACGACGACCCUGCCCAACGGGUGCCCCGAGGUUGGCGUCACAGACAGGAAGGUUGCCUCACAGGAAGACCGGAGCCUGAAACGCAGGUCAGAGGUCAACGGCCACGCCUGGUGCCAUGAAACGUUUGGUCACGGCGACAUCGAGCGAGUGGUGCUGCCGUCUGUUCCUCUGACCCCAGCGCAUCGGGACCGCCUCUACCGGACCCCGUCCACCACCCCUGUCAGAAAACCACCCCUGCAGACCACCACCCCUGCCCUCACCCCCUUUCACUCCCUGGCCCCUGCACACCCCCACAUCACCCUCACCCCCAGCCCUCCACGGCUGUCAGACAAGAGACAGAGGCUAAAAGAACACCGCAGGACCAGCGCUUUGGGACUGGGACCCCCCGGCCCUCACCCCGACCAUGAACCUAACCCAACGGGGGACCUAGUGGCUCCCAGACUCCGUUGGCACGGCGACCAGGACAAGCCCAAGGGCAAGCGGCAGUGGGAGAGAGAGAGGCUGGGGAAUGUAGAACUGAGGGAAGAGAGGGAGAAUAAGCAGGUCAAGGAAAAGCGAUGCAGCGAGAGGCGGAGGAGGUCUUCAUCCCUGUCGGAUUACUCCCACUCCUCCCCCGCCCCCCCUCUCACCCCGCCACCCCAGCUCAGCCCUCUGCCCAGCCCUACAGAGACCCAGGACAGCACUCCAACCCCCUCCAACCCCCCGGUGCCCAUCUCUACCCCUGCCAGCCGACCCAUGCCUCCCGAGGCCCGCAGGCUCAUCGUCAACAAGAACGCAGGAGAGACCCUGCUCCAGAGGGCUUCCCGCCUAGGAUACGAGGAUGUAGUGCUGUACUGCCUGGAGAACAGGGUGUGUGACGUCAAUCACCGUGACAACGCGGGCUACUGUGCGCUGCACGAGGCAUGUGCACGUGGCUGGCUUGCUAUCACUCAGCACCUGCUGGAGCACGGUGCCGACGUCAACUGUAGCGCCCAGGAAGGCACCAGGCCCCUCCAUGAUGCGGUGGAGAAUGACCAUCUGGAAGUGGUCCGUCUGCUGCUGUCCUACGGAGCUGACCCAACCCUGGCUACGUACUCUGGCCGCAGCCUCCUCCGCAUGACACACUCCCACGGCAUGGAGGGAUUCCUCUCUGGUGAGACUGCUUUAGAGAUGAGUAUUUUUUCCGACCUGAAGGGGCGUGAAGACACUGACGAAGGCAUCUACUGGGAGUUUUACGGCAGCGCCGUGUGUGAGUCAGGUGAGGACCCAGCAGCCUAUGACAUCCUGGCUAACCCCCCAGGCCCAGGAGAGGAGGAGGAGGAGGACACGAGGCAGGGCUUUGAGUUUGAGUUCUCUGACCGACCCCUCCUGCCCUGCUACAACAUUCAGCUCUCCCUCUCACAGGGUCCCAGAAACUGGCUGCUGCUAUCAGACGUCCUGAAGAGACUCAGAAUGUCCUCCAGGGCGUUCAGGGCAGCAUUCGCCCAUCUGGAGGUAGCAACCAUCGCCGAGGCAGAGUUCUACAAGCAGGCGUCACUGUCGCAGCUCUUCUCGUGCCCCGACGAGCUCGCCGCCUUCCUCCCCGACAGCAAGGAGCUGCUGGACCUGGUUGAGACCAGCUCGGAGAUGGCUGCGCUGCUGGGCUCCUCGCUAGAGUGUUUGGACAGCCAAUGGGAACCCAAAGGGGCCCGGGUCAAAGCUAAAGCCCGCUCGUGACCCUGAGAUACACACACAGAGGGUGACUCUCAAUAAGAUCUACUUUCUCCUGAAGUGGACACUCCUUCACUAGUUUCCACAAAUCUGGUGCAGUUAUUUGGCUAGUGGUAGUUUUCCACCAUGUUUCUUAUACCAGUCCUUUCCUUUCAAAUCGGUGCAGGGAAGGGAACACUUUGGGAGGAAGGAGAGAGUAUUGGGACGUAGCCAACACACACACACGCUCCAUGUGUACGUUCCCAUGCCCUGUGAGGACUGGACGUUGAAUACUGGACAGUAUCCCUUCAAAGAGGAAACAGACCCCAGCGCCACACAAACUGAAUUUUUUAAAUAAAUAUAUUAUAUAUGUAUACAUUAACAGCCGAUUUAAUUUGUUCUAUAUAUAUAUAUAUGUAUGUAUAUCCAUACUGUAUAUCUGCUGCUUUGGUUGUCAUGUUGUGGUCAGGUUGUGGGUUUUGACACUGUUUGGGUUGACUAGGCUAGUGAACAGGUCAGGAGCAAUGUGAGUCGAAUGUGGACCUCUGAGGUAAAGGUUAUUGUUUGACUUUGGAUCAUGGCAGUGCACUUGAUUUGAGCUUUACCGACCCAUUGGACUUUGAUAGAUAUAUAUAUAGAGAGGUGAACUGUGACAAAAACAUUUUAGCACUCAUGGCUCAUCCCAAAGAUUUGGGGAUUUUUAUUUUCAACAUUGUCUAAAAACCUAGCUUUAUUUGUCUCUUAUUUAUAACAAUGAGGAAUUAAGAUAUUUGAUGUGGGUUUUUUGUAAAAUAUAAAUGUAAGAUACUACAAGCCAUUUCAAUUGAAGAGUGAGAUUCAUGCUUGAACUUGUAAAUAAGAUGACCAUUUCAGUAACUGGUUUUCUGACUGGGGUGUUUGGUUUGUUUGUUUUGGCAAUGUAAGUGUUUAAACUUUGUAAUUAAAUACACUUAUUUGUAUUUAUAUUUUACAAAAAAGUUCAUUUAAAUAAAUCGCAAUAAAAGUGAA